AUGUGCACGUGCAGUGUCAAAAUUGCGGCCAUCAAGUGCCGGACACCUUUCCAGCGGAUGAGGACCCAAACCUUUCCGAAGAGGAGCCCACAGACAGCGAGAAGCCCUUGGUCCGUGCAGGGUGGUUUCGCGGGCCGAAGGGGCCCGUUGUCUUUGUUUACAGAUGCCCCUCCUGCGGUUGCACCUCACGAUGGUUCCGCUCUGUUCAUCCGGAGAUCACCCUGA